AUGUACUAUCUGGAGAAGGGCAGCAAGGAGGAACCCGCCGAGCCGGCCGGUGUUUUACAAUCCGAAGCUAUAAGCCCAGCCACUACCGUGGUGGAUCUCCCCUACCAAGCAGACAAUGUGUAUCCAGAAGGCGGCCUCAGGGCGUGGUCCGUCGUCUUUGGCUCCUUCUGUGCCAUGGGCGCCUUCUUUGGCAUCUCCAACUCUGCUGGCGUGUUCGAGGCAUACUACAUGAGCCAUCAGCUCGCCGCGCAUAGCCGCUCGCAAGUUGGCUGGAUUUUUAGCAUCUAUCUGUUCUUAGUCUUCUUCGUCGGGCUCCAGGUCGGCCCCGUGUUUGAUCGCUACGGACCCAAGCUGCUGGUUGCUGCCGGCAGUGUCUUGAUGUUUGCGAGCAUGCAGCUUCUCAGCGUUUCCACCAGUAAGCGAAAAUACUAUCAAAUCCUACUAACGUAUUCCGUCAUGGGCGGCCUUGGGGGCGCUUUCCUGAACGCGCCUGCCUUUGGUGCCAUUGCUCACUGGUUCAACAAGCGCCGAGGCUUGGCAACCGGUAUCGCCACGACCGCCGGCGGCAUCGGUGUGGGCUUCCCGUGGGCCUGCCGCAUCUUGGGCUUCAUCCUUCUCGGGCUCUGCAUCCCCGCCAACUUCUUUAUCCGGAGCCGCCUCCCUCCGAGAAUCGACGAGAAUGGGAAGCCCAUCAUCGCCUCGACCUGGCCUGACGUCACCAUUUUCCGGAAUAAAGGGUACGCGUGGACCACGGUGGGCGUGUUCUUUAUGGAAUGGGGCCUCUUCGUGCCGCUCACGUACAUUGUGUCCUAUUCCAAAGCGCAGGGCAAUUCCGAUUCCUUCAGCUCCGCCCUGCUCUCCAUACUAAAUGCCGGCUCCGUGUUUGGCCGUCUCAUCCCCGGAUUCCUGGCGGACAAGUUUGGCCGCUUCAACGUCCUCGUCACCACCGCCGUCCUCUGUGCCAUUGUCCCUUUUGCGUUUUGGGUUCCCGCCCACCUCUCCAACGCCGUGUUGGUGGUUUUUGCCGCCUCUUUCGGCUUCGCGAGCGGUAGUAAUCUUGGCUUAUACCCCGUUUGUGUGGGCCAAUUUUGCCCUUCGCAGCAGUAUGGAGUGUACUAUUCUUUGACGACCGUUGUCGCCAGCUUCGGACUCGAGACCCUCGGGCUAGUAGCCAACAUAUUCCAGGUCAUCAACUUCUCGGCCGAGACUAUCCGUAUCUGCAAGGCCUUUUAUGACGGGGCCUCGCCGGAGCAGGGCUUAGGCGAUUAUGCAACGACACUCCAGAACCUGUCCUUGCAGAUUGAGUUGUACUGCCAGCAGAGGAAGUCAAAUGGUGCUACCGAGAGGGAGCUUGAUAACAUGGCCAGAAAGUGUUCCGUGGUAGCGCGGGCUCUACAAGAGGAAGUCCAGUAUAUCACGAUGCCCGAGACUAUGGAGUCCCACCUUCUCUUUCGCGUAUGUACACAGAAUGACGCGCUCCAAGCACAACAGCAGACAGAAUUCGAAGCCAUGGACAAAUCGGUUCAAUAUUUUAUCAAGCAGUACGGGGAAGGGCACCGCACCCUGUACGAUCUCGUAGAGUCCAAAUUUCAGUCAACAGAAAACUGCAUUACAGAGUCUGCAAGGGAUGUGGAGAAGCACAUCACGAAGGAAGUCUCUGCCGCACAGACGGCUCUUGAAAAGCUCACCAUGGAGCGUUUCGACCAGAUGAAUCAGAAUCUAGUGGAGAGUUCCAAGAUGCCUCAAGUGGACGAUGACCGACGGAAACGAUUCCUUCGAAGUCUCAAAUUCUCCAGCCUCAACGAGCGAUUUAAUUCCAUCACCGACUCCCACCAAAGCACAUUUGGCUGGAUUUUUGGUGACACUGAAAUGGCCACAGGAUCUAUGGACCGAGAUAGACUUUUGCAACGGAGUGGGACGAGAAACGAUAACUCGGACCUGGACAGGCCUUGGGACGACAUUCAAGAGUGGCUGCAGUCAGAGAGCAACACGUACUGGAUCAGCGGGAAGCCGGGCUCUGGAAAGAGCACCUUGAUGAAGUUCCUCACCCCCACGGACACUGUCGAGGCUAAAGACUUCGACUCGGACUGGUCGGUUUCAGAGCUGAAAUUGGUCCUUCGAAACACUUUGUUAGACUACCCAUCCGCUGUGUGCAUAUUUUUAGAUGGGCUUGAUGAGAUCGACCAACAGGACCUUCCGAUGCUGUUGAAGUUUAUAGAUGACCUUAAGAAACUCCCUCUCGUCAAAGUCUGCUCGGCUAGUAGACCCGAGAUUAUGUUCUACGACCAUUUCAGAGGCGCCCAGCAGAUGCGUCUCCAGGACCUCACAUGGAAUGAUAUGCGGAUCUAUGCUGAUUCUGUGCUGAAUCGGCAAGGUGAAAGUGAUCCUCAUCUGCCUCUUGGCGAACCGGUAGCCAGAAAUUUCCCCAUGGAGACCAUUGAUAGCCUUGCAUGGAAGGCCCAAGUCCAGUACAUGGCAAUCACCGUGGAGUCAUUUUACGGGGAUGUUCUCGGUCCCACUGAGAACCGGCCUAGCGUAGGCGACAUUGCUAGUUUGUGUCAGAAAGUUGUAGCCUCUCUACGAAAAAAAUGUUUCGGACUCGUAGAAGUCUGGACCAAGGAGCCCCGAGAUGAAGGCACAGAUUCUGUAGACUACCAUUUGGAUUCGCGAGUAGCUUUCGUCCACCGGACCGCUUACGACUUUCUCACCGGUUCCAAAGAGGGCGAAAAGAUACUAUCCUACGACCUAACGUCGCCAAAGGCACGUUAUCUUCGACUAGCCAAAGGAGCCCUAGCCAGCUAUAUUUGCAAACCUAAAAGUGCCCCCCAACGGAUGGACUGGCAGUUCUAUGGGCAAGAGAUCUUCUUGAAGGCCCUUGCCCACGCUUUAUCACAAGGUCUUGAGGAGGAUAUUACCCAGGUUUUAUCUGAUUCUCACGAUCUGUGGUGCGCAGGCCGUUUCCUAGGUGAGGUCCCUGUCCUCACUCACGCGAUGGUCGAAAGGCUUGGCCAGAUUGCUCUUGCCGUCAUUAGGCGGGACCCUUCCCCAAGUACUUAG